CAAUGGAAAGACAUGAUUGACUACAUGCUCCAGGGAUUGGAGAAACAAAGAGACGGCAAAGACACAGAGCAACUCCAUGAGGGGCAUGUGCACAUGUUGGUGGUGGACCUCUUCGUCGGUGGCACCGAGACCACGGCUACCACGCUCUCCUGGGCGGUGGCUUUUCUUCUUCACCACCCUGAGAUCCAGAAGCGACUGCAGGAAGAAUUAGACCUGAAUCUGGGACCCAGCUCCCAGCUCCUGUACAAGAACCGAAUGCAGCUGCCUCUGCUCAUGGCCACCAUUGCUGAGGUGCUGCGUUUGCGGCCCGUGGUACCCUUGGCCUUACCCCAUCGUGCAACUAAGACUAGCAGCAUCUCUGGCUAUGACAUUCCCAAGGAUAUGAUUGUCAUCCCCAACAUCCAAGGCGCCAACCUGGAUGAGACGGUUUGGGAACUGCCCAGCAAGUUCUGGCCUGAUCGCUUCCUGGAACCUGGCAGGAAUCCCAGAACACCAUCCUUUGGCUGUGGGGCACGCGUAUGCCUGGGAGAGCCCCUGGCGCGGCUGGAGCUCUUCGUGGUGCUGGCUCGCCUGCUCCAGGCCUUCACGCUGCUGCCGCCAGCAGAUGGCACCCUGCCCUCCCUGGAGCCCCAGCCUUAUGCUGGCAUCAAUCUCUUAAUUCCUCCCUUCCAGGUGCGGCUGCAGCCCAGGAACCUGGCGCCCCAAGACCAGGGUGAGAAAUCCUUGACAGGCUAGGAUGAGCCUUGUGCCUCAGUUUCUCCUUUAUUGCUCUAUUCCCCUCCCCUCCCCCCUGUAAACAUGGUGCUGUGAGAUUGCGGCAGAGAAGGCUUCCUCGGAGAGCUAGGCACAGUACAGGCACACUGGCUCUUCUCUGGUCACAACCCCUCAGUGCUCAGCAGUCAUACCAGGGUGUGAGUGAGGUGGACAGCAGGCUCAGGUGCCCCUGGUGGGGGCCCGGAAGUUUCUGGGUCUCAGCUUAAUUUCCGUGAAGGGCACCGAGAACUCGAAGCCCUUCCAGUGGUACCAGAUCACUCCCUGAGGAAAGGGUUGUCAAGGGAGGAGAGUCAAGACAACACCACAUCGAUGCCGCCUUAUCCAUCCCAACCCUGCUCCUGUAGGUGACUCCCAGGGUUCAGCCAUCUCCCCCGUAAUCCCUGAGCUGAUGCCUUCUAAUAAACUAUUAAACGAUUUCUUCAAGAUUCC